AUGCUGAUCAAGGUGAGAAAUUUGAUUUUUUUUUUCUUUCUGGAAAAGUGCUCACGAAUCGAAAUGAAAGCGUUUGAGCAACUCUCAAAAAAAAAAAGUUUUUCAUUUGAUGUCAACUGAAUUUUUAUAUUCUUACAUAUUAGGCUUGUAAGUUAUUGAAAAAAAAAAUUUAUCUUCAAAAUUUUGUCGAAAAGUUGUGCCGGCUCAUUUUCUAGACACAGUAAGUUUCGAAAAAAACUGAAUUUUGGUUAGGUUCAGCUUCUAACUUUUUCUCUGUUUCCUUAUUUUUCCACAUUAAUUCGGAACCCUCUUGAAAUCUCUAUAGAAAUUGGCUCGAAAAUGGCGAAUAUUGGAUAUUUUUUUCUAAAAAAACAGGAACUUUUAAAGAUAUAAAAAUUUUGGUUUGAGAAAAAGAAAAAAAUUUCAUUGGAGCACCUGAUUGGACUCAAAUAGGCUAAAAUGCGUCAGUGGACUUAGGUUUCUGGAGCCUGGAUCUCUCAAUGUUUAUUCCGUCUUUUGCGGAUCUGAACUGCUGUUUUUCUCUGCGCCCUCCUUGUCUCUCGGUGACUCUCUCUUAUUUUCGUGCUAUUUUCAUGCUCCCCUGACUUUGCCGGUGAGGCAACAGAGAGACGCAGACACUCGAAAAAUUUAAAGUCGAGACGAACGAACUAUAUAAUAAAUAUUGGCUUCUAGAAGUUCAACUUUUAGUUUUUCUUUGCCCUCUCAUUUUCCACACUAUCCCUCCAGGAAUUCCGAAUCCCGAUGCCGAUCGACGUCGAAGACUUCCAACGUGGCCAACUCUACGCCGUCGCGGAACUCAGCAAAAAUGAAACGGGCGGCGGCGAAGGGGCCGAGGUGAGCCGACCGCGACCGCGACACGCAACGCAUCUGACGAUCUUCAGUUCAUCAAGCAGAAGGACUUCACGAGUACGACCCUCCUCCCCGGCAAGACCGUCUCCGGCACUUAUACCUACAAGAUCUACCAUCUGAGGUCCAAGGCGCCGUGGAUCCUUCAGAAGGUACUUUUUUUUGACAAUAAUCAUUCGAUUUUCGGAUUACUGUACUCUUCCAAGUCUGCGACAGUUCGUGGGGUGUAUGCGGACCUUUUUUGCGUUUCUGUCUUUUUCAGCAUUCUGAGUGCGAUUUUUUCGAAUUUUUGCUUAGAACGUUUGUUUUGAAGCAAGUAGUUAGUUCAAAAUUCAUCAUUUUCUAAUUCUUGCUUUUUAUUCGCUUUAAAGAGGAGCGAAAGAAUAACAAAAAUUGAAAGUAGAGUCAUUUAAUACGCUGGAAAAAGUCAUAAAGAAAAAUCGGAUUUUUACCUAAUCGAUAACCAGUAUGCAUACACUUCAAGAGCGCACGCAGUAUCGCAGACUUGAUAGUUACCGUAACCCGAAAAUUCAAAAAUUGUUCUUUGACCCUCUUUUCAUCAACAAAUCAAUAAAACGAAUCUUUUAGCUUCAUAACUUUUCAGAUGCUCCCAGAAGAAGCCUUUGAAAUCCACGAGGAAAGCUGGAACGCCUAUCCUUACUGUAAAACAGUUCUAACUGUAAUUUCCCCACGCUCUCCUCCCUAUUGCUCAUGUUAGCCUUCAGAACCCGAAAUACAUGAAGGAAAACUUCCAACAAAUCAUCGAAACCAUUCACUUGCCCGACAAUGGAACUUCUGAAAAUGUCCGUUUCCCAUAUCGAUUUGUUACUUAAUCGAUUUUCAGCCUUUAAAUUGUCCCAUCAAGCGGGAAAUCAUUACGCUCGACAUUUGCGACGAUAAAAUUAUUGGCAAAUCGGCCUACAAGGAAAAUUGCGAUCCAAAAGUGAGAUUUUCGAAUUAAAUUUCAAAAAAUGUAGAAAAUUCAGAUUUUCCAGUCAACAAAAGCAGAAGUUGGGCCGCUGGAAAACGAUUGGAUCGAGGAACAUGAACCGGUGAGUUUUUGGCAAACACUGGGAGGGAGAUUGAACCUGGGACCUUUCUGGUGAAGGCCAAAGAUGUUACCGGCUGCGCCAUGAUACAAUGUGUUAAAAAAAGUGAUGGAUUCGUUCGAAAAAAAUUGACACUAUUCCUCAAAAAAAGAAAAAACAAAAAAAAUAAUAAAAUGGAAAGUCUGGCUUAGUGGGCAAAAUUUGCUACAGUUCUGAAGGUUCCAGGUUCGACUCCUCACCGCGUUUUUUGUUUUUUUGCCAUUUUUUCCUGUGUUUCAAAAAUUCAUCAAACCUUACAUAUUUGUUGACUGUUUUUUAAAUCAUGCAUUUUCAAAAAAAAAAACCGAGUGGCUCAGCGCACAAAAUUUUUUGGUGAUCUGAAAGGCCUUAGGUUCGAGUCCGCACCACGUCAAAUUUGUUUUGCCAUAUCAAAUUCUAAUUUUCUUAAUGAAGCCUGACACGUUUGCCCUCUAUAGUUAUAAUAUUUUUUAGCUAACCAAGUGGGUAAAUAAUUUUCUGUCGCUCCAGAGGUCCAAGGUUCGAGUCGUCACCGCGCCAAAUAAUUUUUGCCAUUUUGAAGCCUCAUUUUCUCAAUGAAGCCUGACACAUUUGCUUUCCAAUAAAAUGAUAUAAUUCAAAAGAGGCGUUUAGCUCAGUGGUUAAAGAAUUUCCGGUCGCUCUAGAGGUCCAAGGUUCGACUCCUCACCGCGUCAAAUAGUUUUUUGCCAUUUUUUUCCGCUUUUCAAAAUCUUCUCUACCCUUCAAUUUUCUUCCAAAAACUCAACUUUCCAGAUAAUGUGCGCCUACAAACUCGUCUCUCUGCACUUUAAAUGGAAGGGAUUCUCGAGUCUUGUUGAAAAAACGGUCCUGAAGCAAUACCCGAAGAUUUUUGGCGUUUUUCACAGGUUUCUAAUGGGAAAAAAAUGUGUUUCUUUAACGAUUUUGGAAUUCAGAGAAGCUUACACGUUAAUCGACACCUGGUACGACAUGACUUUAGAAGAAGUCAGAAAGUUUGAAUUGGAAACGGCUGAGGUUCGCAAAUCGAUUUGGAAAAUGUGAUGUUAUUUUUUUUUUAGGUUUUGCGGAAGCAGAUCGCUGAGCCGGAGAAACGGGGAACGACUUGCAAUGAGAAAUAA